CUGGCUCUGACUACGCGCCCACCUCCAUGAGCAACGGCUGCGAGAGCUGGAGCGCCGGCGGGGGGACGGGGGGAGCUGCAUGGCCCCGGCGCUGGAAAUGACUUCUGCUCAGAGCGCGGGGGGAAGCGAGGAGCCACCCGCGCCAGCCUUCGGCAAGCCCGGCCCGACGGGGCCUCCAGGGGCCACCAUGGGCCGGGAGGAGGGCGGCGGCGGCGGCGGCGACAAGCCUAAGGCGGCUCCGGCUCUUCUACCCUUCAGCGUCGAGGCGCUCAUGGCCGAUCGCAGAAAGCCCGGCAGCUUGCCCAGCGGGCCCGAGCGGGGGGAGCCGUCGGCGCACCCGAGGACCCUCAGUCCCAGGAUGGGGGCGCCCUCUGCCGCGGCGCCGGAGAGACCGGCCUCGGCGCUCGCCAUCGCCAGCCAUUUUGCUGUCGGGGGAUUAGUCCAAGUGCCCGAAGAGGCGCUCGCCAAAGCCGAGAGCCCCGAGAAGCCGGAGCGGACGCCCUGGAUGCAAAGCCCCCGCUUCUCUCCGCCGCCGCCAAGGCGCGCCAGCCCGCCGGCCUGCACCCUGCGCAAGCACAAGACCAACCGCAAGCCGCGGACGCCCUUCACGACGGCGCAGCUGCUGGCGCUGGAGAGGAAGUUCCGCCAGAAGCAGUACUUGUCCAUCGCGGAGCGCGCGGAGUUCUCCAGCUCGCUGAGCCUCACCGAGACGCAGGUCAAGAUCUGGUUCCAGAACCGGCGCGCCAAGGCCAAGCGGCUGCAGGAGGCCGAGCUGGAGAAGCUGAAGAUGGCAGCCAAGCCCAUGCUGCCGCCCGCCGCCUUUGGUAUCUCCUUCCCCUUGGGCGGCCCGGCGGUGGCGGGUGCCUCUCUGUACGCCUCCUCGGGGCCCUUUCCGCGAGCCGGCCUGCCUGUCACCCCCGUGGGACUCUACGCGGCGCACGUGGGCUACAGCAUGUACCAUCUCACCUAGAAUCCCGGAGGGCUCCUCCACCCCAG